AUGGAAACACCAGAAAAGGAAGAUAUUGGUCAGGAACUGAGGGAAAAUAAUGAGAAAAUCGUAGAAUGCAUACUACUGUUGAGAGACCAAAGAGACGAAUUGGGUUUUAUAAUCGAAAGACAGUAUGAAGAACGAAAGAAACUGGAAACCGAAAUGGAACGGAUCACUUAUAAAUUAUGCCUCGUAAGAAUAUUUAAAGGAAAUCUAUACCUUUCCAAGUUCAAAUUGAGACUAAUCACUGAAGAACAUCACAUCAUUGUACAGAAUUCAAGAGAAAUAAAUAAUUGGGGUGAAUAUCUAGCUAAUGAUCAGAAAUUCAUUCCUGAUGCUCUGAAAUUUAUUGAUAUUGUUAGGCAUAUAAAUAAAAGUCUCGCCCAAAGGAUAAAGGCCAAACAGGACUAUGACAACACCCUUAACGAAAUUGAGAGUAACUACGCAAAACUUGUGAAAGACUCUGGCGAUUUACUAUUGAUGAUAAAGAAAGAAUUUGAAAAAUUGGACUCAAUGAUCAACAAAAGAACAAGUACCGACGAUGCACCAAAAUAUGAAAAUUAUGAAGCUGGGAAAGCAAAUGGAAGUGGUGAACAAAUUCAAGAGAUCGAUCAGUUCGGUUCUGACAUCAACAGGGGCACCUCUCGAGGCACCUCGCAGGGCACUAAUCAGCAGCAUGGUUUUUGUUCAAGUAGAUCCACGGUAAGCAAUCUGCAAGCCUACCAGGGUUUCCUGUUGGAUGCCUUGGAGAAGGGCAAACAAGUUGACACAUUUCACAAGGACUUCUCCAAGGCAUUUGACAGAGUUGACCACAAAAUUCUAUCAGAGGAAGUUUCCUCACAGCAUUGCAGAUGUAAACCAAAACCAGUUCAAGAAAACACUAAUGAAUCAUCAGAACUGGAAAUUCCAACAAAAGAAGAACCAGAACCAGAAGACCCAAGUAAAUCUACAAGUAUUAUAGAUAAACAAAGAAAAAGAAGCACCCUAUCAGAUGACAGACGACCUAGAAUCAUGGAUAGAAUACCAAGUUCUCACAAUGAAAUAUGAUUGUCUUCUUAUUACUGAUGAAAAAAUAUACCUACCUACAGAGACA